GGCAUUUUCAAAAAUUGCGUAUCAGUGUUUGAAACUAACUCAAGCCAAACGCCCAACUAACUCAAGCCAAACGCCCAACAAUGGAAGUCAUCAUCAAAGUCAUCAUCAAGGAGCUUCAAAAUGAAUUAUAUUUGCAAGAGUUGAGUGCUGCAACCAACAGCCUUUCUACAAUAUUUUCUGCAACCGACAGCUUUUCUACAAUAUUAUCUGCAACCAACAACCUUUCUAAGGAAAAUCUCAUUACGGAAGAUGCAUCAGGAAAGCUGUACAAAGGACAACUCUUGCACGAUGGGAAUUUGAUUAAUUUCACCGUACGAAGGUUAGAUUGUAUGUAUGGGCAUGGAGAAGAGUUGCAGACAGAGAUUUCAAUGCUUAAGAGUCUCAAACAUAAAAAUAUCAUAUCUGUUUUGGGGCAUUAUGAUGAGAAUGAUGAAAAGAUCGUCAUUUACGAGCAAGCAUUUCACGGAACUCUUCACCGACAUCUAAGUAAUCCAACUCUCACUUGGUUCCAGAGACUUCAAAUCUGUUUAGGUGUUGCAGAUGCACUCAGUUACAUUCAUUAUGAUGUCAUACACUGUGAUAUUAAUAGCUCUAAAGUAAUUUUAGAUGAAAACUGGAAACCCAAGAUAUAUGGUUUUGAACUUUCCACAAAAUAUCCUCAAAGUUGGAGGCAUCGCCUCCUCUACAGUCGCUACUUUGGAACGAAUAAUUUGACACCUAAAUAUGAUGUUUACUCUUUUGGUGUGUUGAUGUUUGAAGUCCUUUGUGGGAGGAAACCAAUGAUUACAAGUUAUGGUGUUGAGGAAGAACUAGAUAAGAUCAUUGAUCCUAUUUUAAGGAGACAAAUGGACAAACAAUCGUUGGAACUCUUCACGGACUUGGCUUACAAAUGCUUGGAUCGGCGACUUAUGCAACGCCCAACUAUGGAUCACAUUCUCAAAGAACUCGCGGAGGUGUUGGAACUGCAAAAUAGACAUUCAAAUCUUGAACACUCGGAAGCUGCAUAUGAAGGUAUAUCAUCCAUCAACUUGAAGAUGGAUUUGUGGGAGAUCCCACUAAGUAAAAUAAGGCAAGCCACAAAAAAUUUCGAUAAGGCAUAUUUUGUUGGGGGAGGUGCGUAUGGUGUUGUGUACAAAGCAGAACUUGACGUUAUAGAUGUCCAAGGUUUGGCAUCAACGGAAUGGAAGUAUAGAGAUGAACUGCCCAAGAUAAGAAAAACUGUAGCUAUAAAAAGCUAUUUCCAUAGAGCAGAUGAGCAAGGGAGACAAGCUUUCUUAACAGAAAUUGAAUUGCUUACUUGUUGUAAGCAUCCAAAUAUAGUCACUUUUGUAGGCUUUUCCAGAGAAGCUUAUGAAAUGAUACUUGUUUAUGAGUAUGCUCAUAAUGGAAGCCUCAGUGAUUUCUUCAGAAGUGGUAAUAUAAUUACUCUUACUUGGGCGCAAAGAAUACAAAUUUGCCUUGAUAUUGCGCAUGGAAUUAGUUACCUUCACACUGACAUGGAAGGAAAACCAAGGAUUAUACAUCGAGAUAUAAAGAGUGACAAUAUUGUAUUAGAUGAAAAUUUGAUCGCAAAAGUUUCUGACUUUAGCCUCUCUGAAUUCACUGCCAUGGAGCAACAAGCUAGCAGUAUCCAUACACAAAACAUUGCAGGCACAAAAGUUUAUAUAGAUCCUGAAUAUAUGAAGACAUCCAAGUAUACAAGGGAAUCAGAUAUCUACUCCUUUGGAGUGGUUUUAUUUGAGGUCCUAUCCGGGAGUUUGGCCUAUGAUCCAAUUUACAUUCGCGAAAAUGACAUGGGGCUUGCUCCCAUUGCAAGGCGGCGCUUCAAUGAGGGAACGUUGAAGGAGCUCAUAGAUCCAAACUUAACAGAAGAAGAAAAUGAUCAUUGUUUUACUGUAAAUGGGGGACCUAAUCAAGCUUCUUUUGACACAUUUUCACAAAUAGCAUAUGAAUGUUUAUCAGAAACUCAAGCCAAGCGUCCAAGAAUAGAAGGUGUCAUCAAGGAACUUCAAACUGCAUUAAAAUUGCAAGGGGAAACGGUGGUACUCUCCAGGUUUCGACUCAGUGAUAUAGUGUUGGCUACAGAGAACUUUGCUGAAACAUACUGCAUUGGUUUAGACACAAAUGGGACUGUUUACAAAGCUGAACUCGAUCAGUUUAGCACCAAUAGUUCGUUGGCAACAGAAGAGAAGAAGAAUGGUGAACCAUCUAAGAAACACACUACAGUAGUUAUAAAGCGCAUCACUAAUAGAAAAGGCGGGCAAGGAAAACAAGAAUUUCUUGAAGAGAUUGAUAUGUGUACUAGUUAUAAGCAUCCCAACAUUGUCACUCUUUGUGGUUUUUGUGAUGAAGAUGAUGAAAUGAUCCUUGUCUACGAUCAUGACUCUAAUAGAAGCCUGGAUGACUAUUUGAAAAGCGUUGAUAAGAUGGACAAUUUUACAUGGGCUCACCGUCUACACAUGUGCCUUGAGAUUGCGCGUGGACUUAGUCACCUUCACACCAAGCUGGCCAACCCACAAAGGGUAAUACACAAUGACAUAAAGAGUGUCAACAUUUUGUUAGACGAGAAGUGGGGGGCGAAAAUUGCUUACUCUGGGAUCUCCAAGUUACACAAAGCAAAACAAGAGGUAGACAUGAAAGUGUAUGAGGAUCCAGAAUACGAAAUUACCCAUAAUCUAGAAACGAAAUCUGAUAUAUACUCUUUUGGAGUUGUUCUUUUUGAAAUCUUUUGUGGGAGGGUGGCAUAUGAUCCGCUUUACAUCGUAGAAAAUCAGAACGGGCUUGCACCCAUUGCAUGCCAAUGUUCCGAUGAUGGAACCAUAGAAAGAAUAAUGGAUCCGAAGCUGAAGGAAGAAACUGAUGACAACAUUUCCACUGCAAAUACAGGUCCCAAUCAAGAUUCUCUAGACACAUUUUUAAAAAUUGCAUUUCAAUGUCUGGGAGAGGCUGCCGAGCGUCCUACAAUGGAAGUGGUGAUCGAGGAACUUGAGAGAGCACUAAGCUUUCUUGACCCAAGCGUGGAAUUUAGAUGAUUUUAAUUGGCUUCCUCUUGAGAGGGAAGAUGGAUGGAUGGAUAAUUCAAAUCAGAAUGUGUUCUUCAAAAUUAUAUGUUAUAAUUCUAUCGAUUUGUAUUUUGUAACGUAUGAAAGAACAGGGGUUGCGGCCUCGAGUUCCUCCAUGUAAAUUCAUAUAAUGAUAUAAUUACGGUCGUAUUGUAUUUUAUAUAGACAAAAUAAUGUAAUGCUCGAUA